CGAGAGGCACCGUUGGAUUCAAUAAAUCCAUACAUUUUAGCACGGUGUGAAGCAUGAGCUCGUCGAGUGAAGAAGACGUUCCUCUAUCCCAGCUUCGAGUGGCACAGAACCAACGGAGGGAUGUGGACGUGAAGCGGGAUGUCAAAGAAACGAAGAAGGAUGCCACGAAAGAAGUGCAACAACCUGCGACGAAGUUGGCGGGGCCGCCAAAGCGCGUGCUGGAUGACAGCGACGACGAAAUGCCUCUCUUGGCCAUGAAGAAGUCCAAAGUGAAGAAAGAAAGUGCCCACAUUGACGACGACGACAAACCCAUCAAGAAGAAGGUAUCGUCGGUGUCCGUGAAGCGCGAAGCCAAGUCCGACUCCCCCGUGAAGUUGGAGAAGCGAACAAUAUCGACGUCGUCUAAGCAGCGCAAGGCCAAAAGCAUUGCGUACAAGCAACAAGAGGCGUCGGAAUCGUUGUACGACACGUUGAAGGGUCGCUUGGUGCAGGAAUUGCUCUGCAGGUGGUGGUAUGCAUUGGACUGGCCUUCCCACGACACCAAGCGCGAAGAGACCCCCGAUCUCCAACCUUUGGAUGGGUUUCCUGGCUCGUUCAUCAGUGUCAAGGUACGGAAGCGUCCUUUAUCCAUUGAGCCUGCCAUGUUUUGAUAGGGGGACGACAUGGGCUCGAUUGUGGACAAGCGAAAUGCCAGUGGCAAGCCCACGUUCAUCACGUUCUUUGCGAUGCCAUCCAAGGAAGUGCAGAAUUUGCUCGUCGUCGCCUAUGCCAACCAAAUGAAAGUGCUCGCAAAGCACGAAGGCCCUGACGCGCCUCUUCUGAAGGACCUGGGGCAAGCAUUGAAGAGUGCCCAAAGCAUCAACGCUGAUAAGGCGGAGAGGGAAAGCAUCAAAGCGCUCAAGGAGUAUGUCGAGUUGGCCGCUCGAUUAAAAGAGUUGCGAGAGUAACCUCUGGUUCCUUCUCGUAAUCACAACGAUGUGUGAAUUCACAACCCCUCACCUUUGUAGGUGACUUGUAGGACUGUUACUAGUUAGUCUACAUCUCGCAUGAACUUUAAACAAACGUUAAAUUAAUGCAGCUUGGUCGUCGUGGAA